AUGGCAGAGGCGGGACCAUCUACUCUUCAAAAUGAGGUAUCACGGAGAAACUUUGUGCUCAACUCUCCACAUUACACUGCUUCUCCGUCUUCAAAAAGACGAUUUACUUCCAUAGAGCAAGAUGAAGAGGAAGAGGAGGACGUGGAUGAAAGUGGACAAUUUCCUAAUGACGGUAGCACAACAAUAAUCGAUCCAGCCAGAUUUGAAGAAGAACAAAGACAAGAACGUGAACGGUUAUUACAGGAAAUCGAACGCGAGACUGCACUCCUACAACGUACAGAAGGAAAAGCUGCAUCACUUCGAAAAGGAAUAGACAAGACAACGACAAAUAAUCCGCAAAACAAUAAUACCGGUCUUAUACCGGGCAUAUCAGCUACGCUCAUACCGGAAAAUGAAGAGGAACUCGAAUCGCUGGAGGCAAUGCUGCGUGAGAUGGAUGAUGGAGCUUUGAGUGCGCUUCUCACCCAUAAUAUACAGGCUAAUACGUUGCGAGAUCUGCUCCCUCUCCUACCGAAGGAAGCACCGCCGACGAUCUUGCCUCCUGCCCGUUCGGCUGGAGCUGAAGCAUCAGGAUCAGGCUUGCAAGUUGAUGAAGAAGUGAGAGCAUUAGCCGAUGCAAAUACGGAAGAUUCACUCUAUCGAUUGGUUGAGGAAACCUUGCGGGAAAGAUUAAAGAGAGGUGAGGAACUGGCAAAGGCAUUGUCUACAUUUACGGGUAUCAGACUGGAAAGCGUUGAAAGUAGCGAUCCUAAACAGCAGCAAGUAUCAGAGCAAGAGUGCUCGAUUCGUCAUAUCACGAUUCGCGGUAAACUACUCGGUGAUCUUGGUGCGAUCGUUUUGGAUAUGGAUGUAGAAGAAUCACAAGAAGAUCAAUUGCCACGAAUAAUAACGCUAGAUAUUGAAGUGGACGAUGCGGUUUACUUUGCCAUUGGAGCGGAAAAGAUCAACUUUUAUGUUGAAUCUGUCAAUUUACCUGCUGUUUUGCUCGCCAUUCAAGCGAUGAUUCCGAUCGCUGUUAAUCGUUUUCGCCUUUUUAACAUCCUUUGCAAAUUGUAUCCUGAUUUGACAGCGCGAAAAGUGCAAGAAGUGCAAAUUCUUGGGAUGGAUUCUAAACAAGUAUCCUCAAAUAUAGGGCGUAAGAGGAAGGUUGGGGAUAUCUUGAGCGCUCUCCCACCUAUUUCGCGGUUACUCGAUCCAGAAAAGAUGGAAACCCUCAGCUUAGAGAACUCGGCUGGGGCCAGACUGGAUAUCAUCUUUCGCAUCCAAUUCAAUCAAUACGGACAUGCAAAUUCUCUUAUAACUAUCAAGCCAAGCAUACCGGAAGAAUAUAUCAAAGAUGAAGACGUACGGGAUUUCAUUGACGAAAUGCCUAAUAACUUUCAUCAUUUCAUCACGCAUAGACCAUCAUACAUUGAUAUUCAUGGUGCCUUGGUGGCGGUGAUUGAUUCUUUCUUUCGUCGUUGA